GCCCCGGCCCGGCCCCGAGCAUCCCCGCCCGCACCGGGGACCCCCCCGCCAGGACCGGGGACCGCCCCCCCCGCCCGGACAGGCCCCCCCGCCCUCGGCCCCAUGCAACCCCCCAGGGGAACGCUGACGGCUCUACGUUCCCCGCAGGCGCCCGGCGCUGCCCGGCGGCGAGGAGCGGGGCGAUGAGCGGGGCUGGGGGGCACCCUGGGGUGCUCUGAGAACCGCCGCCGCGGCAGCACCCACCCCCAGACCACCAGCCAGCGCCGGCGGCGGGCGGGCGAGGAUGUGACCCCCCCCCACCCCGCCGGCGAUGCCCGGCCACCCCGCGCUGGCCGCCCCGAGGAUGGGCGAUGCGCCAGUGAGGGCCGGCGCGGCGGCACAGGAUGGAGCCCUCCCUGCCCGCCCCAUGGGCCUGGAACGGCUCUAGGGGGGCACGGGGGCUCCAGCCCUCCCCGGGCCCCAUGCCCCCCAACGGCACGGCCGACGGCAAACCCAAAGACGUGGCUUCGAAAUCGGUGGGGCUUUUCUUCAUGCUGCUCAUCGACCUGACGGCCAUCGUGGGCAACGCCGCCGUCAUGACCGUCAUCGUGAAGACGCCGGCGUUGCGCAAGUUCGUCUUCGUCUUCCACCUCUGCCUGGUGGACUUCUUGGCCGCCCUCACCCUGAUGCCGCUGGAGAUGCUCUCGGGCUCGGCCGUCUUCGACAGCCCGGUUUUCGGCGAGGCCAUGUGCCGCGUGUACCUGUUCCUCAGCGUCUGCUUCAUCAGCAUGUGCAUCCUCUCCAUCUCCACCAUCAACGUGGAGCGGUACUAUUACGUGGUGCACCCCAUGCGCUACGAGGUGAGGAUGACGGUGGGGCUGGUGGCCUGCGUCCUCGUCGGCGUCUGGCUCAAAGCCGUGGCCACCUCCCUCGUCCCCGUGCUGGGCUGGUUGUCCCCCGACCGCCCGCCAGUGCCCGCCGGCCGCGGCUGCUCCUUGCAAUGGAGCCGCGGGCCCUACUGCAAGUUCUUCGUGGUCUUCUUCGCCGCCUUCUACUUCCUCCUGCCCCUCCUCAUCAUCGUGGUGGUCUACUGCAGCAUGUUCAAGGUGGCGCGGGUGGCCGCCAUGCACCACGGCCCCCUCCCCACCUGGAUGGAGACGCCGCGGCGUCGCUCCGAGUCGCUCAGCAGCCGCUCCACCAUGGUCACCACCUCGGGAGCCCCUCGGACCACCCCGCAGAGGACGUUCGGAGGGGGCAAAGCGGCCGCCAUCCUGCUGGCCGUAGGGGGCCAAUUCCUCUUCUGUUGGUUGCCCUACUUCUCCUUCCACCUCUACACCGCCCUGAGCGCCCAGCCCUUGGUGGGGCCGGCGGCCGAGACCGUGGUCACUUGGCUCGGUUACUUCUGCUUUACCUCCAACCCCUUCUUCUACGGGUGCCUCAACCGGCAGAUCCGGGGCGAGCUGGGCCGGCUCCUCACGUGUUUCUUCAAGCCGCCCCCCGAGGAGGACCUGAGGUUGCCCAGCCGGGAGGGUUCCAUCGAGGAGAACUUCCUCCAGUUCCUCCAGGGCACCGGUUGUCCCCCCGAACCCCGGCCUCGCACCCCCAGCCCCAAACGGGACCAGCUGCCCGUGGAUUUCCGUAUCCCGGGGCAGAUCGAUGAGGACGCGGCCGAAGGGCCGGAGCGGCGCGGGGGGGACGGGCUCUACGGGCCGGUGGUGGCCUCCCCCAAACCGGAGCUGUAGCGUCGGGGAGUGGGGGGCAAACAUGGCUGCAAGGGCAGAGCUGGUCUGAGUGCCUGGCUGGGGGGGUGGCGGGGGGGGUGUCUCACCACCGCCGGGGGGGGCUCGGGGGAUCACGGGAUGCCCACCCGGGAAGGGCCACCGGGUUUGGGGACAGCAGGCGGGGGGCACAACUGUCUCAUGGUGGGGACAAGCGUGGGAGCGGUGUGUGGGAGUGUGUGUGUGUGUCACGUUUUGGGGGUCCCUCCUGCCCUGGCGUGGAGGGGCUCCUCAGGAGGGGGGUCCCCCUCACCCCUGUGUGGCCCCAGUACACAGGACCCCGGUCUUCUGGGCCCCCUCCAUCCUCCCCGGUCUUCUGGGCCCCCUCCGUCCUCCCUGGUCCUCGGGGCCCCCUCCAUUUUACCGUCCCCCCUCAGCCCCCUCCCCAGCCCUGGGGACCUGGUGCCUGUCCCCAUCCCCCCGCUGACACCAGCUGGGGCCACCCCUCGCGU